GUUUCAGAUAAAAAUUUUGCAAAGUCUAAUUUUUCGUGUUGUUCCUUCUUUUAAAAUAAAAUUAUAAAAAUUCUAACUUAUUAAUUAAAACUUAUUAUUGUUGUUCAAACAAAAGCUUUGUUUAUUAUGUAAACAAUUAGUUUCAAUAUGCAAAGUUCUUUUUCCAAAACCAAAGAAAUGUUUAUUAUUCGUGCGUUGGAAAAAAUUUUAUCUGAUAAGGAUAUCAAACGGUCUCAUCAUUCCCAACUAAAAAAAUCCUGUGACACUGCGCUAGAACAAAUUAAAGCUGAAUUAAUUAGUGCUGGACAAAUUGCCGAAGGCAAUGAACUCCCUUGUGCGGCCUUGCCACAGCCCAAAAAUGCUGAAAGCAUUAUUAACGCUGAAACAUACUUCCUACCUUUCGAGCUCGCCUGUCAGAGCAAAACAUCUAGAAUUGUUAUAACUGCGUUAGAUUGUCUGCAAAAACUCAUUGCUUAUGGCCAUCUAACUGGAAAUAUACAGGAUUCUGUGAAUCCAGGAAAGCUACUUAUCGAUCGUAUUGUAAACACCAUUUGCAGCUGUUUCAAUGGACCAGCUACCGAUGAAGGUGUUCAGCUACAAAUUAUUAAAGCUUUGUUGACUGUGGUUACAUCGCAGCAUGUCGAAGUACAUGAGGGGACAGUUUUGCAGGCGGUGAGGACAUGUUAUGAUAUAUAUUUGUCUAGCAAGAAUCUUGUCAAUCAGACGACUGCUCGAGCUACACUCACACAAAUGUUGAAUGUUAUUUUCACUCGGAUGGAGAAUCAAACAUAUGAAGAGUAUGUAGAACCACCACCAGCACCUAAAUUGUCUUUGGAUAGUACUACCAAUGAAAUAGAAAAUAUUGCUGCGGAAAUUGUAGACGAAGUUAUUACUGCUGCUGUGGAAAUAACAUCUGGAACUGCUAAACAACCUGAAGAAAUUAAACCAGUUGAGAUCACUGAGAUCGAUGAGACAACACGGCAUGAAGAAAGCGUAGAAAAUCAAAGUGAAAAUGAUGCAAUAAUAACUGCAAAAUUCACACAUAUUCUUCAGAAGGAUGCGUUUUUAGUAUUCCGUGCAUUGUGCAAAUUAUCAAUGAAACCACUGCAAGAGGGUCAACCAGAUCCAAAAUCCCAUGAGCUACGAUCUAAAGUUUUGUCAUUGCAUUUACUUUUAUCAAUUUUACAAAAUGCAGGCCCACUCUUUCGUUCAAACGAAAUGUUUGUGAUGGCAAUAAAGCAAUAUCUAUGCGUUGCAUUAUCUAAGAACGGCGUUAGCUUAGUACCCGACGUAUUUGAGCUUUCACUUUCAAUAUUUGUUGCACUUUUGUCAAAUUUCAAAGUUCACUUAAAAAAGCAAAUCGAAGUUUUUUUCAAAGAAAUUUUCCUCAACAUCUUAGAGGCAUCUUCAAGCUCAUUCGAACAAAAAUGGAUGGUUAUCCAUGCAUUGACGAGAAUUUGUGCUGAUGCACAAUCAGUUGUUGAUAUAUAUGUUAAUUAUGACUGUGAUCUUUCAUCAGCUAACUUAUUCGAGCGCCUUGUUAAUGAUCUCUCAAAAAUAGCCCAGGGCCGACAAGCCUUAGAAUUAGGUGCAAAUCCUUUACAAGAAAAAUCAAUGAGAAUUCGCGGCCUUGAGUGUUUAGUAUCGAUUCUUAAAUGCAUGGUCGAAUGGAGUAAAGAUUUGUAUAUUAAUCCAAAUACACAAUCAACAAUAUCUGAUGGUUCAAUCAAACCACAAUCCACCAACACUUAUCCUUCAGAAGAAAAUAUUGAAUAUAUGAAAACACGAUCUCUUCACGGUGGAUCCAAUUACAGCCUUAACUCAUAUGAAAGCAACAAAAACAAAGAAGCGUUUGAUCUGCCCGAAGCUCUCGAAGAGCAAAAGAUGAGAAAAGAAGUUAUGGAAGCUGGAAUCGAUUUGUUUAAUCGAAAACCAAAAAUGGGUAUUGCCUUUCUUCAAGAGAAACAACUAUUGGGCACUUCGACUAAAGAUGUUGCAAAGUGGUUACAAGAAGAGGAACGUUUAGAUAAAACCUUUAUUGGUCACUAUUUGGGUGAAAACGAUGAGAAAUCAAAAGAAGUCAUGUGUGCAUAUAUCGAUGCCAUGAAUUUUCAAAAUAUGGAAGUUGUUUCUUCCCUACGUUACCUCUUAGAAGGUUUUCGACUGCCGGGUGAAGCACAAAAAAUCGACAGACUUAUGGAGAAAUUUGCAAGUCGUUAUUGUGAGUGCAAUCCGAAUAAUAAACUAUUCCAAAGCGCCGAUACGGUCUACGUGUUGGCCUUUUCAAUUAUAAUGCUAACUACAGAUUUACAUUCCCCACAAGUAAAGAACAAAAUGACUAAGGAACAAUACAUAAAAAUGAAUCGAGGCAUAAGUGAUAGUAAAGAUUUACCCGAAGAAUACUUAUCUACAAUUUAUGACGAGAUCGCUGGCAAUGAAAUAAAGAUGAAAGGCAAUGUUGUUAACAAACCUGGCAAGCAAAUUAUAACAAACGAAAGACGAAGGAAACUUCUCUGGAAUAUGGAAAUGGAAACAAUUUCUCAAACAGCAAAAAGCCUUAUGGAGUCUGUUUCACAUGUUAAAGCGUCAUUUACAUCGGCGAAACACUUGGAACAUGUUCGCCCAAUGUUCAAAAUGGCUUGGACACCCUUUUUGGCUGCCUUCUCAGUUGGCUUACAAGAUUGCGAUGAUAUGGAAAUUGCAAGUUUGUGCUUGGAUGGUAUAAGGUGUGCAAUUCGAAUUGCUUGUAUUUUCCAUAUGGAUUUGGAAAGAGAUGCCUAUGUUCAAGCUUUAGCUCGUUUUACUUUGUUGACAGCUAAUUCUCCAAUAAACGAAAUGAAAGCGAAAAACAUCGACACAAUUAAAACUUUAAUAACUGUCGCUCAUACAGAUGGUAAUUACUUGGGAUCUAGUUGGCUUGAUAUAGUAAAAUGUAUCAGUCAAUUGGAAUUGGCACAGUUGAUUGGAACUGGAGUGAGACCACAAUACUUAAAUGGUCCGACAACCAUGAAAGAUGCACUUAAUCCCAGUGUUAAAGAGCACAUUGGUGAAACUAGUAGCCAGAGCGUUGUGGUUGCAGUCGAUAGGAUAUUUACUGGUUCAAUCCGACUAGAUGGUGAUGCGAUCGUUGAUUUUGUGAAAGCAUUAUGUCAGGUAUCACUUGAUGAAUUGCAUAACCCUCAACCGAGAAUGUUUUCUCUGCAAAAAAUUGUAGAAAUAUCUUACUACAAUAUGGAGCGUAUUCGUUUGCAAUGGUCACGCAUAUGGCAAGUACUUGGAGAACAUUUCAAUACUGUCGGCUGCAACGCUAACGAAGAAAUCUCUUUCUUCGCCUUAGACUCCCUGCGGCAAUUGUCAAUCAAAUUCAUGGAAAAAGGUGAAUUCUCAAACUUCCGAUUCCAAAAAGAUUUUCUCCGACCAUUCGAACUUAUAAUGAAGAAAAAUAAUUCAUCAGCAAUAAAAGACAUGAUAGUGCGUUGUAUAGCACAAAUGGUUAACUCCCAAGCAAAUAACAUAAAAUCAGGUUGGAAAAAUAUCUUCUCGGUUUUCCAUUUGGCUGCCGGUGACAAUGACGAAGCAAUAGUUGAAUUGGCUUUCCAAACAACAGCAAAAAUAAUAAACGAAUUGUACAAAAAGCAAUUUGCAAUAAUGGUUGAUUCAUUUCAAGAUGCUGUCAAAUGUCUCUCCGAAUUUGCAUGCAAUGCUAAAUUUCCAGAUACCAGUAUGGAAGCUAUUCGUCUAGUCCGCACAUGUGCGCUAUGUGUGCACAAUGCACAACAAUUAUUUACCGAACAUGCUGGUAUGGAAAACGAUAUUGCAGUGACCAAAGAAGAUCGAGUAUGGGUAAGAGGAUGGUUCCCCAUGUUAUUUUCACUGUCCUGUGUUAUAAACAGAUGCAAACUUGAUGUAAGGACACGAGGACUAACUGUUCUUUUUGAAAUAAUCAAAACCUAUGGCGAUACGUUUCAAUCGAAUUGGUGGAAAGACUUAUUUAAUAUAAUAUUCAGAAUCUUUGACAAUAUGAAAUUGCCUGAGCAUAUAGCGGAGAAGGCCGAAUGGAUGACCACAACAUGCAAUCAUGCAUUAUACGCUAUUAUAGACGUAUUUACACAGUAUUUCGAUAUUCUUGGAAAUUUGCUUUUAAAAGACUUGUUUGCACAAUUGCAUUGGUGUGUACAGCAAAAUAAUGAACAACUAGCGAAAUCGGGGACAAAUUGUCUUGAAAAUCUCGUAAUAUCGAAUGGUUUUAAGUUUACGCCAGAAAUUUGGGACGACACCUGCACUUGCAUGCUGGAGAUUUUUAAAUCAACAUUGCAAAAUGAACUACUCCAACAUUAUCAAAAUAAUUCAAAUCAUAAAAAUAGAAAUGCUGGUGUUUUAAGAAAACCUGAAGAUGGUCAGCAAUAUGGGUUGAAUAAUGGUUCGGAAAAACAAUUAAAACCAUACACUAUUGAACAAGUGAACAACAGUAGUUAUGUGCUUGACAAUUUGUUAAUAAAAUGCGUUGUUCAGCUGGAAUUGAUCCAAACAAUAGAUAAUAUUGUUUUCUUUCCAGCGACGUCUCGAAAAGAAGAUGCUGAAACCCUUGCAUUGGCAACUGCUGAUUUAUCAGGAAAUCAAGCUAACGCUUUGAUAGAAUGCCAACGCGAAGAACAAGGAAUGUAUAGUUAUCUUGAUACGAAAAAUCUUGUCCAAUUGACCGAUUGUUUAAUGCAAUCUCAUAGAUUUGCAAAGCAAUUCAAUUUAAAUCCCGAACAGAGAAAUAUUUUGGGACGACCCGGUUUUAAAGAGCAAGUCAAACCGAAUAUAUUGAAACAGGAAACAACGUCGUUGGCAUGUGUAUUGCGCAUUUUGUUUAAAAUCUAUGGAGAUGACAACCGCAGGGAGGACUGGCCAGAAAUUGAGAAUAAAUUGAUUUCGGUCUGUAUUGAAGCUUUGACGUAUUUCUUGAAACUUCAAACUGAAUCGCAUAGAGAUUGCUGGACAUCUUUACUUUUGCUAAUGCUAUCGAGGUUAUUGAAAAUGACAGAUUCAAGAUUUUCUAUUCACGUUUCAAAUUACUAUCCACUUUUAUGUGAAUUAAUGUGCUUUGGAUUAAAGCCUGAAUUAAGAAGUGUACUUAGAAGAGUGUUUCUACGAAUUGGUCCAGUAUAUAACAUCACAAGCAACAACAAAUAAUUCCCCCCCCAUAUUGUUGCUGCUUAUUUUUUCCAGUAUAUAACUCUUGUAAAUAAAUUUCGAAUACGAAAAAGUUCAAUUUGUGUUUUGAAUUGUAUUGUUUAGUUUUAUAUUAUGUAAAAUGCCUUUGUAAAAUUACUGAAAUGUUUAUUCAAUAUGACAAAGUAUAAAAAAUAAAAAUCAAAAAUAUGUUAAUUAAAAAUAUUUAUAAUAUUUUGCAAAAGAAA